ACCCUAUAUUUAUUCACACCAGCUCUUGAAAACCUCUAUGUGAAUACACUUGACCAAAAAGGUGUGGGGGACGAAUUUACGUGAUAUUAAAAGUGGUUGGGGUGGGUGGGGGAGAGGGGCGUAGAUUACGUCCGCUGCGUAAUCUACGCCCAUGUUCACAUGAACGCGGAUCGGAUAAGAAGAACAUUUACUUGAAAACCUAUUGAAACAGAGAAACAGAAACGAUCUCUACUGAUCAUCCAUAUUACAUUUGGACACCGCUCUAUAAAAAAAUAAAAUAAUGCAGAACACGUUAUUGCUCCCUCUUUUAUUACUAUUUAUUGAAGGUGUGUCUGGUGGAGAUGAAACCGUGUCAGUGUCAGUGAUGGAAGGGGAUUCUGUCACUCUACACAUGGACCUUACUCAAAUACAAAACGAUGAUACCAUACUGUGGAUGUUUGGACCUAAAGACUCUAUCGUAUCUCAAAUAACGAGAAAGAACGAUUUGACCUCAUUAUUUUUAACCGAUGAUGAGCGAUUCAUUGGCAGACUGCAAGUGGAUCAAAACACUGGCUCUCUGACUAUUAGGAAUACAAGGAUCACACACACUGGACAAUAUAAACUAACUGUCUCUAGAAAAAAGACUACAACCAAGAUAUUUAGUGUUACUGUCUUUGGCGUUGUUAAUGAGACGGAUGGAGUGAAGUCUGUGUCAGUGAUGGAGGGAGAUCCUGUCACUCUACAAACUGAUACUGAAAUACACUCAGAUGAUCUGAUAGUGUGGAGGUUUGGAGAUAAAGGCAUCCUCCUGGCUAAACUCGAUGUAGGGACUAAUGAGAGCUCAUUAAAUGCUGCUGAUGAGAGAUUCAAAGAUCGUCUGCAGCUCAAUCACACCGGAGCUCUAACCAUCAGAAACACCAGAACUGAACACGCUGGACUUUAUGAAGUACAGAUCAGAGGCCGAGAGAGCUCCCAGCAAUUCCUUCUUUCUGUCAAGGCAGCUGCCGAUCUGGGUCUGUCUCCUGGUGCUAAAGCAGGGAUAACUGUUGCCGUUCUGCUGGCAGUUGCAGUUUUGAUUUACUGUCAGUGCAGAAACUGUAAACUAAAAAAACUAGUGUGUGAAAAUCAGUCAGUGAUAGAAGGAGAAUCUGUCAUUCUACCUACUGGUCUUACUGAAAUACAUAAAGAUGAAAAGAUACAAUGGUGGUACGGAGAUAAAAACAAUCUCAUUGCCAUCCAUGAAAUUAAUGGAGUGAAUAGCAAGAGAGCAUAUCCUGGUGUUGAUGGGAGAUUCAGGAGCAAACUGAGCCUAGAUGAUUUGGGAAAUCUCACCAUCAAUAACAUCAGAACCAUUCACACUGGACUCUAUAACCUCAAGAUCAGCAGCAGAAGAAGAAUAACCAAAUACAAGCGAUUCAUUCUGACUGUUGGUGUGAGGACGCACAAAGUGAAAGAGGGAGAAAAUGUCCCUCUACGCAAUGAUGCUGAAAUACAGCCCGGUGAUCUAAUACUGUGGACGUUUGGAGCUGAAAACCGUCUCGUUGCUAUAAAGGAUUCAAGAACAACUGAGAUUUUUAGUGACAGACUGCAGCUGGAUGAUGAGCGUGGAUCUCUGACCAUCACAGACAUCAGAACCACAGACUCUGGACAUUUUAAACUCCAGAUCAUCAACAGCCUAAAGACCACAUUCAGGAGAUUCAAUAUAGAUGUCACAGAUGUUGUUUCCACAGAAAAACAAGAGAAAGGGGAAAAAGAGCAGCAGGAGACGAGUUCAGUUUAAUGAGCCGAGAGACUCCCAGCAGUGUGAAUCAUGGAGAACAUCUGAGCCGAUAAUUUCUGUCCUCUAGUGGACAAAAACUGAUCUAAGAAUCAAAUUAAAGAUCUUAAAGAAUUGACGGUAGAACCUCUGAGUCCUAAAUGUUUAGCUUAUGAAAGGUCAAUGUUUAGCCUAUGAAAGGUCAAAGGAAAUUUAGAUUUACAACAGUGACUUCUAAUAAUAUUCUUAACCUACUUAUAACCAUUUAGCAUGAGAUGUUGUUUCAGUGUUGUUUCAAACAGUAAUCAGUGGAAGAGUGCUGUUUUGCAAGUAGCGACUAGAAAUGUUUCUUUCAAAUGACUAUUGUAGAUGGCUAUUAUACAUUACAUUUGGUCAAAUUGUUGUUUUGGGAUUUUUUGGCCUGACUUAAGUAAAUGACUAGACAUCAAGCUUUUGAUAUCAUCUUUGCAGUCUAUUAGUUUGGAGAACUGGUAUGUUAAUUGGCCAAUUAUGAUAAACAUAGCAGUGGAAGCUCGCUCCAUGUGUCCUGCUAAUGUCUCCCAGUGGAAACAUUCAUGAUGUCAUUUGGUACAUUACUGUGAAAUUGGAUUUCACUCAUCUCGUAAGGCAACAGUCUGCUGCCAGACACAUUCCACGAGCGCUGGUACAUAAUAUUCCAGAAGAUCUGUUCAUGUAGAAGACUAUAGUCUGUUCUGAUCACCUGAGCAAUUCAAAGCAUGUUUGUGAUAAUGAUUAUGAUCAUUUGCUUGCUUCUUAAUCAAUGCAUGCAUUCAAAUGUUUUAAUAUACAACUUUACUAAAGUUUUUUACGGUGACUGUUUUGAUAUGUCCUUUGAUAAUCGAUACUGCAGAUAGAUUAAGUUUAAAUGUACUUAUUAAGUA